AUGGGUUUUAAAGUUUGAAAGUUCUAGCUAUGUUCUAUGGUUGUAGUAAAAUAUUAUUUCGCGCGAAUGUUUACGUACUUCGUUUACUUGUUUUUUGUUCAUAAUUGUUUUGUUUUUUAAGUUUAAUGAACACUGACUCAAAUAUUUGUUUGAAUUCGAUGUAUGCACUUAAUUUGUGACCUUUGCAUUAAAUUUUGAGUUCACAAUGGGGACUGUAAAGAGAUCAGUGAACCCAGACGCCGAGGAGAGCGGCAGUGUGGCCGCCGUGUGGGGCUCCUUCGAAACACUCGGCAUCUUCCAGCACAAGCACAUCGUCGCUGGCUGCUCAGAUGUGGUGGGGUCCCAGUUCGAGUCGAACGACUUGGUGCAGUUGCAGCCAAGGGUGGUGCUGUUUGACCGCACAGUUCGAAAGCUGAUCAAUGAGUCGAACGGCACGUUUCUGGAGGGACAGAAGCUGAUGAAGAGCGUGUCUGUGGUGGACAGUCGUGUGGAGGUGUGGAAGCUAAGCACCAUGUACAGGGCCAUCAUGCACGAGUGCUUGGAGAACCUGCAGAAAGAAGCGGCCCAGGAGUCUGACGAGCGACAGGAGAGCUGUUGCCAACUUGUCACCAUCUUCUACAACAUACAGUUCCUGUGGCACCUCCUAGAGAUCAUGCACUUUGCAGUCGUUCCCGGGAGCCAGGUGCUGCCACCACUGCUGGACUGGCUCAGGUUCCACAUGUGCGAGGCAGAGCAGCGUGCAGCGAGCCUGCUGGAGGCUGCGCAGCGCGACCAGGACUGGGGGGGAGGGGAGAGCCAGCCACAGUUCUGGGCCACGGUGGUGGGGCUGGUGCUGCAGGGACGCAGCGACACGGCGCGCUGCCUGCUGCGCACUCACUCGCUGGCUGGCAGUCGGCCCUUCCAGCAAGCAGACUACGUGCUGCGCACCUGGCCGUUGCUCAACGCGGAGCGCAGCGCAGCACAGGCGGACAUCAGCGACAGCCGUGCUGUGUGGCGGCGCGAGACACUGCACAAGCUGCACACCGGGGCGUUCUCGUCCGUGGCUGAGCUGGAACUGGUCGUGCAGAUAAUGUGCGGGGAGGAGCAGGCCUUCGUGCUGACGAAGCAGUACUGCGAGACGUGGUACCAGCACAUGGCUGCGUGGCUGCUCUACACGGCCCCCAUGGUGAAGACCUUCGAGCUGUUGUCGCACGCCGGUCGAUCCAUCGCCCUGUACGGCGGCGCGGCCCGGCUGACCACGGUCGACCGCGCGCUCAUCGCCAUCAUGGAGUCCGACUUCACCGAGGUGGUGAAGAUCGCAGCGACGCUGGAGAACGGCUGGUUUGCGACGCAUCUCACAGACUUGCUGUGCCACUCGGGGCUGCUGCAGUCUGACGACCCCGCCAACACCAAGCUGUGGACGGAGCUGCACGAGGGCUUGCUGCUGCAGUACGGCUCCAUGCUCAUGGGGCACACCUCGCUGUGGCCAGUGGGGGCCAGCUACCUGGACCACUGUCCGUCGCGUGGUCUGCAGCGCCUCGCCCUGCUGCUGCCUCGCCUGCCGCUCCACUCGGAGCUGCGAGCCCAGCGCGUCCUGGAGGCCGCCCGCUCCCGCGGCCUGCCUACCGUCGUGGCGGGGGUGUGCCGCGUGAUGGCGCGCCGCUCCUACGAGCAACAGCGGCCGGGCAACGCGCUGGCGUGGGCACUACGUUGCCAGGACCAGGACUUGGUCUCCUUCCUGGCGGACUGGCUGCUGCAGGACUUCCUGGAGAACAACCACUUCCAGUGCCUGGACCUUCUGGAGACGCUGGGCUGCCCCUCCGUGCUCAGCGACCGCCUCACUUUCCUGGUGAAGUACUGUGAGUUCCGGCGCAUCUUCGCAGAAGGAAGGAACGAGGAUGCAGCUGCACUGUUGGUGCAUCUCCUGGAUUCACGUCUCGCUCCCAAAUUCUUCUGGGGCCGGCUCAUAUCCGACGUGCUGCCGUUGCUGCGCUGCGUGGUGCUGAGCCCGGAGCAGACCCUGGCCGUGCUGCGCGUGAUGGAGGAGACGGAGAGCGCAGAUGAGGCUGUGCUGCAAGAGGUGCGCGCAGCCCUCAACAGGAACCUGGGCAGAGCUCACGUGCAGCAGUUCACGGCUAGGGAGGAGGGCGAGCGCAUUUACAUCUAGCUGCCUCAACAAUAAAGUUAUUUUGAUUUGUA